CAGGUAGUUCGAGUGUGGAAGCACGAGGCUCGUGGCAUAGCAGAGCAGGAGAACGAAGGCGGUGGAGCAAGGGUGCGGAACGACGACCCCGGGAGGAUUUCGCCGAUGAAGUGACGCAGGGCCUACGCUAGACAAUUACGCAAGAAACCCAGCUGAUAACCCUGACGGCAGUCUGAGGCGCAGCGACCCAUCUCUUAGCUGACCAUCGCCACAACGAUGGCACGACCAUUCUCCACCGCCUGGCUACUCGUAGUCACCACGGCGCUCCUGCUCAUGCUUUCCAAGGCAUCAGCGUCACGGGGAAAUGUCUGGGUUCUUUCGCAGAAAGAGAUGCAAGGAGAUGGCUGCGAUUUUCAAGUUUACGAAGACAAAAGAAAUAUGUGUGAACGCAAAUUUUCCAAUGUGAAUGUGCUCACAUCAGGCAACAACACGUGCAGCGAUGUCCAAAUCUACAUUACGUGCGUUAAAUCUGCGAUGCGAAAGACCCUGUGCAGCGCUAAUGACACCAUCAAGGAGAAUGAGCACGCGCGCAUUAUGGUCAACGUACGCCAGAAGAAUGUUACCUGCAUAUCAUUGCAAGCUCCUCAAAAUAUGCGGCAGGUGAUGCCAUGCCAGAAGCCAGUUGCCUUGAAGAAGUUCUUUGCCUGCGCCUCCACGUUCCACUAUUACAUGAAGAACAAAGACGACGCACAUACAGACGGACCAGAAAAUGACGAUUGCAGUGUCGUGUCCGGCUACAAGGACUGCGUCGAAUACGGCCUCAAGCAUACGGAAUGCAACGACGACAAAGAUUUCUCGGAUCAUAUCCUAUACUUCAUGAAAAGUGAUAUAGCAGCUUACGCGAAAAAGUGCAAGAUCACGGACACCCAAGAACUGAGACUGCAUGCAGCGAUCUCACGCGGUGAAAAAAAUUGUGACCAAGACAAAGCAAUUGAUACGUACUUGACGUGUGGCAAGAAGUUUUUUGACAGCGUCGAGUCCGAUGAAUUACGGAAGCUUUUUCGGGCUUCGGAGAAGAUUGCAGUACCAGCUAGAGCCAUCAACCACUUCAGGCCGCUGGACGUAUCGUCUACUAGCAAGCCAGAAGGAGAUUCUGUGAAGAUCGAUCCAUGCAGUGCUGUGAAGUCCUGGUUAGACUGCUACUACAACGACUUGGUGAAAGCUAAUUGUACGGAAGACAGUGAACUGUUUCGACGAUCUAAAACUCUCUACGAUUUAAUGGUUGGGGAGUUCAAUUGUGUCAAUGCUCAAUUUCGCGCUUUGACUCAAGACCAGACAAGUUGCCAGGAGAAGCCCAUGCUCAUAAAUUACUUUGUCUGUGCCAUCAACUACAACGUGGACCGUAAGCGGAUUCCAGAGAAUUUGACGCUUAAGCCGAAUGCUCUUUGUCACACCAAUCUGAAGUUUGAGAAAUGUGUUGCCCGUGCCAUGAGAGAAACACGUUGCCUGCAAGAACGAAUGAGCAUCAUGCAUCACCUGAAGUACCUCACUGACGUCAUAACAAUGCCUGUAGUUUCUUGCCGAGAAAAUGCUGCGGAGUAUGCAAAACAGGUUCUUGCAAGGAACCGCAACUGCGCCAAGAAGACACUCUUCAAGCACUACUUUUCAUGUGGCCUCAACUUCCAGAAGGAACUAGAAGUGAAUGAUAAUUUCAAUGCGGACGCCACAAGUGACAGACGUUGCAAGCUGUUGUCAGAUUACCACGCGUGCUACCGAAAAGCAGUGGAGCAGUCGGAGUGUCACUCGAAGUCUGCGAUAACUGAUACUAUACAGUACCUCAUGGAAAUGGAAACGAAGGACAUCGAUUACAAAUGCGAAGACCAACGACCUGUCUACAAUUCUGGUAUCAUAUCGCCGAAGUGUGUCAAGACCGUAGCUGUAAAGAAUGCCUUCCUGUGUGCAAUGACUUUCGAGCACCUUGUUGAAGACCUUAAGGUUAAGCGUGCAGCGAACGCUGAGAAUAUCUGCAAGCAUCUUGAAGAAAUGAACACCUGUGUCGACAUUGUUAAAAAGAGCACUGGCUGCGACCGUGAUGGAGAAAUAUUCAAUCACGUGACACCUAUACUUCACUCUUUGACUCAUGAUUACGACAGGGCUUGCAGCAACAUAACCAGCAGUUUCCGAAUGUCCUUCGUCCAAAUGAAGACUCCAACUACAUGUGUCAGACAGCGCGUCCUCAAAAAGAUGUUUGUGUGCGGGCUUAGCUUCAGCAAUCUCUUCGACGAGAUGGAGCCAAGAGUAGUGGGAAGAAAUCCUGUUAAAUGCAAGCUAUUGAUUGACUACGAGCAGUGUAUUGAGAAGGCAUCCAGAGGAACAGGUUGCGAUGAGGAUGCAGAGAUGAGAGUACAGAUAAUGUCUUUCUCGGACAUCAUGAGGGACGAGUACAAGGACUCCUGCCCUAGUCUGGUUUACAAGAAUGCUCCAGAACAACAGGAGGCCUUCGAAGAUUACGAAGAAGACUGGGCGGACGGAGAUUCUUAUUGGUACGACUCUAAGGAAGACUCCAAUCAACAGGGGCGCAAAAAGAAAGCUACUCGUAUGAAUGCUCCGAAGGUUAUGCCAAAAGAGGAUCCAUUUGGGAACAUACAAAGCGGAAUGGAAGGCAUCGCUAGCAAACAGCUAGUUAAGCAAGUCGAAAACAAGACAAAUGCUUCAGCAAAUGAGAUGGACCUCUCGGCUUUCCUGAAUCGAAGUUCGAACGCAAAUUUUGUCCAAGCCGUGCCCGCAAAGAAACGAAGAGUACACAUAGAAAAGGAGUACCUUGAUGAUUCUGCUGCUGGCUCCUUGGGGAUAAGCUCAGAUUAUAGGGAGGACGGCGAUGAACUCUUCUCAAAGUCCCUCGGCCGUCGAAGUGGGUUGCGAUCCCGUGCCAACGAGCGCCGUCGGGAUCCCACCCUAUGGAUAAACAAACGUGCAAUGAAAAUGCUGGACGACGGGGAGCAGCAAGAAGACGACGACAUAAUGGGCCUCGUUCGGCACAAGAAACGGCGCCAGGACUUCAUGCCUCGCUUCAGUGACUCCCUUAACAUAAAAAAGCAGCAGGACUACGAGGAUGAAGACUACGAUAUCCUUUCAGAUCGGGAAACUCACAUUUCUGGAGAUGAAUGCAAUCUGAAACAACUCAAGAAGCAGUCAGAAGUAUGCGAUAAGAGCUUCUCUGACACCGUGAAGGCAUCAUUGGGAAAGGAGUGGCACGGACAUCAACAAGCUCCUCCAGCUAAGGACGUGCAAGACAAGCUCUGCACGUCGCUUAUGAGCUACAGAUCCUGCUUGUUGGAGACAGCGAAGAGAAUGCGAUGCAGUGAGAUCGCGGGCAAAGUGGCCAUGGUCGUGGAGGAGCAAAUGAAGAAGCUGGGUGUGGCCUUCUGCGCGGGUUGUGGAAAGUCCGCCACAGCGUGGUUUAUCUUGAUGCUGACAGCGUUCACUACCUUCGUCUACAGCAUGCAUACGAUCUAAAAUCGAAAUUACAACUGCAUGUGUGAUUUA